CAUAAAAUGAUUUUAUUAAAUCAGUGGUAGUAUAUCUAAAAGUAUGUAGCCUUGAACUUGUUGGGGUUUCUAAGUGCCCUAAAGUUUCUUCUGCAACGACGGGUUUCGGGUCUUAAACGUGUGUUGUUUCAUUUCAUAAAGAUACUCGGUUUGAUAAACACAUUUAAACGAGCGUAUUUCUAAAUAUAAAACUAGCGACGAGCGAAAACACACACUGCGCGCGCUUGUCCACUGUUCACUUUCAGUGUCUUCCUUCUCAUCAAACUCUUACUUUGUGCUGUACUUAAUUCCAUAUUUUCAAUUCCCGAUCACUACUUUCUCUUUUUCGUUCUCCAUCUAUCCAUCCAUUCCUCCCUCCCUUCUCGAUCUCCCUCCUCCCUCUCUCUCUCCUCGGCUCUCUGCUGAAUCUUAUUGAUCCAGAAGGUGGCUAAUUAGCCCUUCCCGUCGUGCCUGUGUAAUGAAGCACAUGCGCACUGAAUUAAUCACAGCCAUUUUUUGCAGGAAACUAAUUAGCAGGAAUAAAGAUCCAAAGAGUUUUUUUCUUUUCAAUCAUCAGAUCUCACUUUCACCUCUUCCUCUCUCCCUCUAACACAAGACUCAUCGCCUGCUUUGCAUCCAAAUUAUUUUUAUAUUGCCUUUACAACUAAUACUCCGGGUUUUUUUACUCUCCGCAACAACAAUGAUCUUUCUUUUACCAUCAUCCUAAACGCAAACUGACCAAAAGGGACUGCCUUGAUGGGAUCUUUAGCGAAAGCGUCUCAAUACUGGAUUAAAAAGCACGGAUCUCAAAGCGGCAGCAAAACAUUGCCUGGAUGCGAUGAACGCCUCAUGUAGGCAUCAGCAUGGAAACCUGUGAGUCUCCUGUGGUUUCUGGGACAGAAGAUGGGCUUGGCACCUCCACCACCUCCCAGCAGCGGCACCAUUCACAACCCUGGAACGAUAACCCUAACACACAGGUUUCGCCCUGUAACCAGUCCUCUUCCUUGGAGCCCUUGUCUCUCUCUGUAUCCCACCCAGCUCAUCUCCAGAAUCCCAGCACGCCCCGUGAGACUGUGAGAGAGCUGCAGCAACAACAAGCAAUUUCACAUACUGCCAGCGAUAGUUCCAAUACUGGACGGCUGCAGCCGAAAAUAGAAGGGUUAGAGGAGGAGGAGGAGGAGGAGGAGCAGGAGGGAGUUAGCUGUGGAGAAGAGGACGAAGAUUUGGAAGACUUGGAUGAAAUGGAGAUUGACAACUGUUUCCCAAGUCUGCAGCCUUUCCCUGGUGUACCCAUGGUGCCAAGCGGAGGGGGCAUGCCCAUGCUCAUGCGGCAACAACCCUCCCAUCGGAGCGGAGUCACAGAGAGUGGGAGUGAAGGAGAGGAAGAGGAGGAAGAAGAGAGUAGUGAUGUGGAAAACCUGGCUGGAGAGAUAGUCUACCAACCUGAUGGAUCUGCAUACAUUGUGGAGAGCCUCAGCCAGCUGAUCCAAAGCGAUGGGAGCAUGGAACCAAGCCUGCUCUCCUCAAACUCUCUCCCCAGUGGAAAACCAGGGGAACCUGCGGGGACCUCUUCUUCAGUAUACCCACAAAUUAUCAACACGUUCCACAUAGCCUCGUCUUUUGGAAAAUGGUUCGGCUCCUCAGACCAAGGUUUCCCCAAUACCUCAACCUUGGCAGGCCUCAGUCCUGUCCUGCACAGUUUCCGCGUCUUUGACGUGCGGCACAAAAGCAACAAGGAUUAUCUAAACAGUGACGGGUCAGCCAAGAAGUCCUGCGUAUCCAAAGAUGUUCCCAACAAUGUGGAUUUCUCCAAAUUUGAUGGCCUGGCCCUGUACGGCAAAGGCAAGCCCAUCCUCAUGUGUUUCCUCUGCAAGUUGUCCUUCGGCUACGCACGCUCUUUUGUCACUCACGCAGUCCACGAUCAUCGUAUGACCCUGUGUGAGGAUGAGCGCAGGCUUUUAGGUGACAAGCAUGCGUCGGCCAUUAUACAGGGCAUCGGCAAGGACAAAGAGCCACUCAUUAGCUUCCUAGAACCAAAAAAUAAGAACUCUCCUCCAACGCCCACCCUGGUACCAAUGAACUCAGGCCAGAGCUUCUAUGGCACAUUCAGUGGGGUUCAUUUAGAAGAGGGAGGCAGAAGUGAAGGAGGUGAGAGCCUCCUAAACAAAGACUUUGAUUCGGGUCUCCAGCAACAAGCCCUCUUCACAUUGGGGGGCCUUGGCAGCCCUAAAACACCCUCCCUUACCUCAACCCCAGGCCCAGCCAAAGACUCCAGCACUCUGUCCAAGAUGCAGGGUAGGAGAACAGAGGGGUCUGUGGGGAAAGAGAGGACUCAUAGAGGAGAGGAUGGGGAUGCAGGAAUCUGUGAAAUUAAGGCUCUCCUUACCGGUGAGGAUAUGGCCUCAGAGGAGGAGGAGGAGCUUCUUUUAGAAGAGGAUGAAGAGUUAGAAGAUGAAGGCCCUGCGGUGGCCUGUAGUGGAAGUAGCAGCAUUGGCGGAUUUGUGGGGGAAGUAGCUGUCUCAAACCAAAGCAUCUCCAAAUCUCCUUUAUUAAUGCCUAGUAGCGCUCUCCAGCCUUCUGCUUGUCUCUCUGCAGCCAGCCCUGCACUGAGCGGCAAAGCCUCUGCCUCCAUGUCCUCUUCCUCAAUCAUGGGGUCAGAGGAGGGGGUGGCUACAGAUGGUGGGGGGAGGUCUUCUGAAGUCCCUCAGAGCUUUAACUGCCAGGGGACCACAGUCCCUGUGGCAUUGGUGGCAGCUGCCGGUAGAGGAGGUGAAGAGGAUGGGGUUGCAUGCUCCUCUGCGAGCACAUCCUCCUCUCUUGCCUCCAAUGUCGCUGCUGAGGAAAGUGCCAAUCGAGAUAGUGCCACAGCUCCUGAACCAAAUGAAUUCCCUGCAGAUGGAGAUGAUGACAGCGGUAUCCUUCUCCACCACCACCUUCACCACCAUCAUCACCACCCGCACCCUUCACCAAAUGCACACACACACCCCCAUCAUGCAGCUGCUUGUGACAUGUCAGGAAUGGGUGAGUGCACCCAGAACCAUGGGGCUGGGGGCAAUGGAGGAAGUGGGGUGGAGUGCCCCAAGUGUGAUACUGUCUUAGGCUCCUCACGCUCAUUGGGUGGCCAUAUGACUAUGAUGCACUCUCGUAAUUCCUGCAAGACACUGAAGUGUCCCAAGUGCAACUGGCACUACAAAUACCAGCAGACCCUAGAGGCACACAUGAAGGAGAAGCACCCUGACUCUGGAGGCUCCUGCAUGUACUGCAGCAGUGGACAGAGCCAUCCCCGCCUGGCCCGUGGGGAGAGCUACACCUGUGGCUAUAAGCCUUUCCGCUGUGAGGUGUGUAACUAUUCCACUACUACCAAAGGAAACCUAAGCAUCCAUAUGCAGUCUGACAAGCAUCUUAACAACAUGCAGACAUUACAGAAUGGAGGCUCUAUUCCAACCGCUGGUGAACAGGUGUUUGGGCAUGCACCCAGUGGGGUGGUACCUGUUUCCUCUGCUACCCAGGCAAGCAGCCAUCACCCUAGUCACCAUCACCACCACCACCACCACCCAGCCCAGUCCUCCACCCACAUGACAGGGCCCUGUGGUGCCCCCUCACCUACCAAGCCAAAAAGCAAGCCCACCUGGAGAUGUGAGGUAUGCGACUAUGAGACCAAUGUAGCACGUAACCUGCGCAUUCACAUGACGAGUGAGAAACACAUGCACAAUAUGAUGCUGCUACAACAAAACAUGACCCAAAUGCAGCAUGGCAGGCUUGGUCUAGGGGCCAUGCCUUCACCCUCAGAGGCUGAGCUGUACCAGUACUACUUGACCCAGAACAUGAGUCUGCCGCCAGGCCUUAAGAUAGACCCCACUGGAGCUGAUGCCCAGUUCUUACUUGGAGGUUUUCAUCUGGACCCAAACAUGGCGGCGUUGACCCCAGCACUAGUUGGAGGGGACAUGGCCAUGGACUUACGCCUGGGCGGUGGACAGCUGGUCUCCGAGGAGAUGAUGACCCUGGGCGAAAGCUUAUCCCAGACCAGUGACCCCUCCCUCAAACUCUUCCAGUGUGCUGUGUGCAACCGCUUCACGACUGACAACCUGGACGUGUUGGGUCUGCACAUGAACGCUGAACGCUCGCUACCCGAGGACGAGUGGCGGGCAGUGGUGGGCGACUCGCACCAAUGCAAGCUGUGCCACUACACAACGCAACUAAAGGCCAACUUCCAGCUGCACUGCAAGACUGACAAGCACGUGCAGAAGUACCAGCUGGUAGCACACAUCAAAGAGGGAGGCAAGGGCAACGAGUGGCGCCUCAAGUGCGUGGCCAUCGGCAACCCUGUGCACCUCAAAUGCAACGCCUGCGACUACUACACCAACAGCUUGGAGAAGUUGAGGAUGCACACGGUCAACACUCGUCACGAGGCCAGUCUCAAGUUGUACAAGCACCUACAACAGCACGAGAUUGCGGUGGAAGGUGAGUCGUGCUACUACCACUGUGUCCUGUGUAACUACUCCACCAAAGCCAAGCUCAACCUCAUCCAACACGUCCGUUCCAUGAAGCACCAGCGCAGCGAGAGCCUGAGGAAGCUCCAGCGCCUGCAGAAGGGCCUGCCUGAGGAAGAGGAGGAGUUAAGCGCCAUCUUCACUAUCCGCAAGUGUCCGUCUGCUGACACGGGAGAGCUGAGUGAGGAUGUGGAGGCUGCCAGUGAGACCACCACAGAUCAGGAGGACCAAACCAAAGACAGAGAGAGUGGGGGGGAGAGGGAGCUCACCAAAGGGACAGGGUCCAACCAGUCAGAGAGGGAUCAGACGGAUUCCCCAGUCCCCUCCAAGCGGCCUUCCUCAAGGUCGGAGACAGUAGAAAGCCCCCUCUCACCUAAGAGACCCAGGACAGCUGAGAAGAGCAGUGGAGAGCAGAUGUACCAGUGCCCCUACUGCAAAUUCAGCAACACAGAUCUGAACCGCCUCAGAAUGCACGUGAUGACACAGCACUCAGUGCAGCCCAUGUUCCGCUGCCCGCUGUGCCAGGACAUGCUCAACAACAAGGUCCACCUGCAGUUCCACCUCACCCAUCUCCACAGCGUGGCACCAGACUGCGUAGACAAGCUCAUUGCCACUGUGGCAGCAUCAGAAGUACUGCCAGCAAGCAUGUUCAUACCAGUCCCUGGACCAGAUAGAGAUACUCAAAACACACCUCAGUCCAACUCAAGCUCAGAAGACAGUAGGAAACAAACAGAGGUGCCAGAUGUUGAGCCUGAGAAAGGAGUUUGUUUGGCCACAGAUACAGCUGAAGCUCGCAAGUCUCCUCUUGAAGAACAACAGCCUGCAAGAGAUGAUUCUACUGGUUUUCUUUGUUGGAAAAAGGGCUGUAACAAAGUCUUCAAAUCCUCCAACGCCCUUCAGAUGCACUUCAAUGAGGUCCACAAUAAAAGGCCCCAACUGCCUGUCUCCGAUCGUCAUGUCUACAAAUAUCGUUGCAACCAGUGUAGUCUGGCAUUUAAGACAAUAGAGAAACUUCAACUGCAUUCCCAAUACCAUGUCAUCAGAGCAGCCACAAUGUGUUGUCUUUGCCAGCGCAGCUUCAGGACCUUGCAGGCACUCAAGAAGCAUCUGGAGACCAAUCACCUUGAGUUGAGUGAAGCUGAUAUCCAGCAACUCUAUGGAGGUUUACUAAUGAAUGGAGAUCUGAUGAUUAUGGGUGAUCCCUCACUUGGAGAGGACCAGGGAAGUCUUCUUGAUGAUGAGAAGGAGGGAGAGGAAAGUGACCCUGAGGAAAAGCAAAGCCCAACUGGCAGUGACUCUGGAUCUUUGCAAGAGGAUUCUGGAUCUGAACCCAAACGAGCUCUGCCAUUUAGAAAAGGCCCCAAUUUUACUAUGGAGAAAUUUCUUGAUCCAUCCCGUCCAUUCAAGUGUACAGUCUGCAAAGAGUCGUUUACCCAAAAGAAUAUCCUCCUUGUACACUACAACUCAGUGUCUCACUUGCACAAAGUCAAAAGGGCCCUACAGGAAUCCACCACUGGCCAGCCAGAACCAACCAGCAGCCCUGAUAAUAAACCCUUUAAGUGCAGCACUUGCAAUGUAGCAUACAGUCAGAGUUCAACACUAGAGAUCCAUAUGCGCUCUGUUCUUCAUCAGACGAAGGCCAGGGCAGCAAAGCUUGAAGCAGCUGGUGGCAGUUCAAGCUCUGGUAACAGUAGUGGCCCAAGUGGAAGCACUUCUAAUAGCACUUCAACCCCAAGCCCAAUUCCAACCACUAACUCCACUACAAGUUCUAGCAACAACAGCAGCUCCCCAGCAGGAUCUCAGACAGCACAGAGCAUCCUGGGAGGUAACCAUCUGAGUCAUUCUCAUAAUGUUGAGAAUUUGGGCAACUCAGCAUGUCAUUCGUCCCCUUCUGAGAACCAUGAAAUGAAAAAGAAGAAAUUUUCUGAUAUGCUUUCUUCAAGGGGCCAUCAGCAGCAACUCCAGCAGCAGCAGUUGGCUCAGGCUCAAGCACAGGCCCAAGCCCAGUUCCAACAGGAGCUCCAGCAGGCCGCUCUCCUUCAGUCCCAGCUCUUUAACCCUCUUCUCCAGCACUUCCCAAUGACAACAGAUGCUCUUCUCCCACUUCAGCAGCAGCAGUUGCUCUUUCCAUUUUAUAUUCCUGGGGCAGAGUUUCAACCGAAUCCAGAAUUGAAUCUUAGUAGCUCUUCACUAAACUUGAGUGGAUCUGCUGCUGCUGCACUAUUGGAAGAACAAAAGAAUUCUGCCCAGCAGAGCUGCUUACAACAGCAGCUUAUGCACCAUCACCUUCAACAACAGCACCAAGCUCAUUCCCACUCCCAGGGUUCAAGCCAAAUGGCUUUUCUUCAACAGAGUGCUCUAUCUCACCCAGUAGAAAAAAAGCCAAAGCCAUCUCUCCAUAGCGAGAAAGAAAGAGAGCUACUAAAGGAUAAAGAAAUUAGUGAUAAAGCAGAGGAUCAUGCUCCAAAAGAUAUUGUAGACAAUUCAAAGUCCAAAGAAAAGAAAGAUGCUCCACAAACUGUAGUCAAUGUGAACCAUGACUCUGGAUUUCCUCCACCGAGGAUUGCCUCAGAUGCCCGUGGAAAUGCCACAAAAGCCCUGUUAGAGAACUUCGGAUUUGAGCUGGUAAUUCAGUACAAUGAGAACAAGCAAAAAGCACAAAAAAAGCCAGCAGGAUCUCUAUCAGGAUCCAGUGGGCCAGCUGGUAUCACCAGAGUUGUUGACCCCUUUGAAGGAUUAGAGAAACUGGAGUGUGAGUCCUGUGGGAAGCUCUUUUCAAACAUAUUGAUUCUAAAAAGUCACCAGGAGCACAUCCACCAGGCUUUCUUCCCAUUCCGAUUCCUAGAGAGAUUUGCCAAAGAGUACAGAGAACAAUAUGACAAGCUGUACCCAUUGAGACCCCAGACACCCGAAGUUGCUGCUCCUCCACCACCCCCUGCACCACCACCUCCCCAGAGGGUACCAACACCAAAUGUACCUGUUACUACUCCAACCCACACAACGCCAACUGCUUCCACCCCACAGCCUCCAGUUCCAUUGGCACAAAUCCCAAUGCAAAUGGAUCUGCCUCUUUUCUCUCCACUCAUGAUGCAGUCUAUGUCACUCCAAUCAUUACCUUCUCAAAUUCCUGCCCAACUGCCAGCUGUGGAACCCAGUCUUGCCACUGAUUUGGCCCAGCUGUACCAACAGCAGUUGACCCCUGCCAUGCUGCACCAACAGAACAAGAGGCCCCGCACCCGUAUCACAGAUGACCAGCUAAGGGUGCUUCGCCAAUACUUUGACAUCAACAACUCUCCAAACGAGGAACAAAUAAAGGAAAUGGCAGAUAAAUCAGGACUCCCUCAGAAAGUCAUCAAACACUGGUUCCGUAACACACUCUUCAAAGAGCGCCAACGCAACAAAGACUCUCCUUAUAACUUCAACAACCCUCCAAUUACCACUCUGGAAGAUACCAAAAUUGAUUCAAAGCCACCCUCCCCUGAACCUCAAAAGCAUGAAUCAUAUGGAAAUAAAAGGUCCUCACGGACAAGGUUCACAGACUACCAGCUGAGGGUACUGCAAGAUUUCUUUGAUGCCAAUGCUUAUCCUAAAGAUGAUGAAUUUGAACAGCUGUCCAAUCUUCUGAGUCUGCCAACUCGAGUCAUUGUUGUUUGGUUCCAAAAUGCUAGACAAAAAGCUCGUAAAAACUAUGAGAACCAGGGAGAGGGAGGAAAAGAUGGUGACCGACGUGAGUUAUCCAAUGACCGAUACAUUCGCACUGCCAACUUAAAUUAUCAGUGCAAGAAGUGCAGCCUGAUUUUUCAGCGCAUAUUUGACCUUAUUAAACACCAAAAGAAGCUCUGUUACAAAGAUGAGGAGGAAGAGGGCCAAUAUGACAGCCAAAAUGAGGACUCUGUAGAUCUCUCGCAUGAAUACUACACUCCAUCUGGAUCUUCGGGUCAAACCCCAAUGCCCUCAUCUUCAAGCCUCUGCCCUCUUCCUCCCACAUCCUCUGAAUUCUCUCACAUGACAUCAUCUGAAAAGGAAGAGCCUACUCCCGCUAACACCUCAAUCUCCUUUGAUGAGAAAAUAAAACACUCUGCAGAAGCAUCACAGAGCCAAAGAGAGCAAACAACUUUGAAACAGGAAACCAGCCAUCCAUCUGAAAUGCCACAGCAGAGGUCGCAAAGAGAGGAAAAGAGUCAUUCAGUCCCAAAGAGUUCUAAGCUCGCUUCACCAUCCCUCUCCCAACAACAACAGCAUAGUGGUCCCUCCAUUUCACACACCAAUCAGACCUCCCAGAGUUCCCACAUGGCCCUUAAUUCUCAUUUAGCAUCUACCUCACAGCAGCAGAUGGCCCAACAAAUGAUCCCAUAUCAGUGUGAACAGUGCAAGCUUGCCUUCCCUUCAUUUGAGCACUGGCAGGAACACCAGCAGCUUCAUUUCCUGAGUGUCCAAAACCAGUUUAUCCAUCCUCAGUUCUUGGAUCGCCCAAUGGACAUGUCCUUCAUGUUAUUUGAUCCUAGCAAUCCUCUCCUGGCUAGCCAGCUCCUAGCAGGAGCCAUACCACAAAUGUCCAGCAACUCCGCCACCUCUCCAUCAACGCCGACAUCCACUAUGAACUCCUUGAAGAGGAAGUUAGAGGAGAAAGCAGGAACUAGUCCAGGAGAAAGUGACAGCAUGAACAGUGGAGAGGAGCCACAGCGAGAUAAGCGCCUCAGAACCACUAUUACCCCAGAGCAACUUGAGAUUCUAUACCAGAAAUAUUUGCUUGACUCCAAUCCAACUCGUAAGAUGCUUGAUCAUAUUGCCCAUGAGGUGGGGCUCAAAAAACGGGUGGUACAGGUGUGGUUCCAAAACACAAGGGCCAGAGAACGAAAAGGACAAUUCCGGGCUGUUGGGCCAGCUCAAGCCCACCGUCGUUGCCCAUUCUGUCGAGCCCUAUUUAAGGCUAAAACUGCCCUUGAGGCCCACAUUCGUUCAAGGCACUGGCAUGAGGCAAAGCGUGCUGGUUACAACCUGGCACUUUCCAGUAUGUUACCUGAACAGGAGGCCAUGCAUUUGAAGAUGGAUCCCCUGGAUAUCUCUAGCUAUACUCAUCUCAUCCCUACUAAUAGCGAUGCACAAUGUUCCUCACUGUCACCUGUGAGCAAAAACAUGGACUUGUCCCCCAGGGCUCUACUGAGCCCAACGUCUAUCAAGGUCGAGGGAGUAGAGGAGUUUGAAAGCCCAACCAUUUCCUCAGUAAACACAAACUUUGAUCAAAAUAAACUUGAUAAUGAUGAUUGCUCCUCAGUGAACACGGCCAUCACUGAUACUACCACAGGUGAUGAGGCAAACAUUGACAAUGACAGUGCUGAUGCAAAACACAGCCAUAUCAGUGGAGAUUUCCUGUCUAAGUCUGGAGGCACUGUCCCCUCCAUUGAGAAUGAUGAACAAAUGUCCUCAGGACUGGUGAGCCCUGCAACAAGCUACUACACAAAAGAUUUUGAAAAUGAAAAUAUUAUAGAUUACAGUGAAACAUCUAGUCUGGCUGACCCUUGCUCACCAAGUCCAGGGGCCUCUGGGAGUAGAAGCAUUGAUAGUGGAGAUAGGCCUGGUCAAAAGCGCUUCCGUACACAGAUGACUAAUCUUCAGCUUAAGUUGCUCAAGUCCUGCUUCAAUGAUUAUAGGACUCCGACGAUGCUAGAGUGUGAGGUGCUUGGCAAUGACAUUGGACUUCCAAAAAGAGUCGUUCAGGUUUGGUUUCAGAAUGCUCGUGCUAAGGAAAAGAAGGCAAAGCUCAGCAUGGCUAAGCACUUUGGUAUCAACCAGACAUCAUACGAGGGACCCAAGACAGAGUGCACUUUGUGUGGUGUUAAAUACAGUGCUCGUGUCUCAGUAAGGGACCACAUAUUUUCCCAGCAACACAUCUCCAAGGUAAAGGACACCAUUGGAAGCCAACUUGAUAAAGAGAAAGAGUACUUUGACCCAGCGACGGUACGUCAGCUGAUGGCUCAGCAGGAGAUGGAUCGCAUCAAGAAGGCUAAUGAAGUACUGGGACUAGCACAACAACAAGCCAUGCAGCAACAAGGGAUGUUUGACACACCUGCCUUGCAAGCCUUGAACCUUCAGUCAGGUUACCCAAAUCUACAAGGGAUCCCAUCUGUUCUCCUACCAGGUGUUGGUGGUCCCUCAAUACCAGGCUUUAACUCAUCCAAUUCAGCUUUAACUCCUCCAAAACCUCCAAACCUCCUGAACAUGCCUGGUGCCAGUGUACCCUCACCUAGUCUCCCCACAUCUGGAUUACCUAACAAGACCCCUUCCUCCUCUUCCUUGGCCUCACCCAGCCCAGCUCAGGCCAGCACAUCUGUUGCCCACUCAAGCCCUACCCCUGCAUCUUCAAAUUCUGUGACAACACAACCAGCACCCCGCCCUGAACCUCCCAAAGAUCGCAAUUCUGAGAGGGCCAGGGAGAAAGAAAAACCCAAAGAGAAGGUUGAGAAGCCCCCUACACCAUCUUCUGCUGGGGGCACACCUGCUCCCUCCACUUCUGCUGCCAGUGCCAAGAAAGAAAAACCAGACACCGCUGUUCCGGCCACCUCAAUGCCGACACCUGGUAUGGAGUAUGUGGUCGACACUGCCCAGCUUCAAGCUCUGCAAGCAGCAUUAGCCUCUGAUCCAACAGCUCUGCUAACAAGUCAGUUCCUGCCCUACUUUAUGCCUGGCUUCUCUCCAUAUUAUGCCCCUCAAAUGGGUGCUCUUCAAGGUGGAUAUCUUCAGCCCAUGUAUGGUAUGGAAAGUCUUUUCCCCUACAACCCUGCUUUAUCACAAGCCCUGAUGGGGUUGUCAUCAGGAUCUUUGCUUCAGCAUUACCAGCAAUAUCAGCAGAGCCUGCAGGAUGCACUUCAACAACAGCAGAGGCAACUCCAGCAGAUCCAGCAGCCCAAAACAAGCCAAACUAUUGCCCACUCUCAAAAUGCGGUGGACCGUAAGGACUCUGCCAAAGAUCCAAUAAAAUCAGAGCAGAAGGGCAAGUCCUCUAUUGAAACCUCUUCCAUUCACAACAACCUAGCCACUGAGCAGUAUGAAGUGGACGGCAAAGGUGCAGACUGCCUUCUUGACCAAUUUAUCAUUCCCAAAGUUCCGUUCCGGCUUGCGUGCCGCAAGUGUCAAGCUGUCUUCAACAAGGAGGAAGCAGCUAUCAGCCACCUCAAGUCGAUUUGCUAUUUCGGUCAGUCUGUGGCAAACCUGCAAGAGAUGUUGCUUCGGGUCCCCAACAGUGGAAAAGCGGCAGAUGGCGGCCUGUACAACUGCCUUGCCUGUGACACCACACUGGAAGGGGACAAAGCGCUUAGUCAACACCUAGUUUCAGCCUUGCACAAACACAGAACAAUCAAGAGAUCCAGAAAUGCCAAAGAGCACGCUACUAGUUUAUUACCUCACUCUUCAGCCUGCUUCCCCAAUCCUAACACCGCACCUACCUCGCAGUCUGCUACUCACUCAAACAACACCCCAUCUCCUCCGCCAACAACAUCAGCCACCACGCCGUCCUCAUCCGUGUCUGCAUCUUCAUGCACCAGCUCCUCAUUCACGGCCACUCCACUGAACACAACAGCUGCAGGCAAACCCUGGUCCCAGACCCCUUUCUCGAGAGCUUUAGCUGGGAAGCCCAAUGCCCCCUCUUCUGCAUCGUCUUCUUUUACUCCUGUAUCCCCUCCUUCAACGGUUACCUCAAGUUCAUUGAGCACCUCAGGGGUCCAGACCUCGAUACCAACAGACGUCUUUGCCAACGAGUCUGACUCUGACAGCAGUCAGAAGUCGGCAGACAGGCUGGGCAGGCCAGCAGAGGAGCCGCAACAGCCUGGCUGUCUCAAAGACAGCAGUAGUUGUAGUAAUCUUGCAAGUGUAGGAUCGGACUCCAUCAGAUUGUAAAGCUUUCAGUGACAAACUAUGUUGAAGAAAAAAAGGAAAAAAAAAAACAGAAGAAAACUCAAAAGAAAAAAGAAAAAAAUCUGCAAUGUUUAAAAUAUGUUUAAAAGUAUACAAACCAAUUUCAGAAAAAGAUGUGUAAAGACUAACUGCAAUUCCAAAGCUUUUAACCAAAAAUUUUAAUGUUAGUGGAUUGUUUUCCCAUAUCAACAUGCUGGUUUUAGUUUAUUACAACUUAGUGUGUGUGUGUGUGAGUUUAUAUAUAUAUAUAUAUAUAUAUAUACACACACAUAUAUGUGUAUAUAUGUAUAUGUGUGUGUAUGUAUAUAUGUAUAUGUACACGCACACACAUUAUAUAUACACACACACACACAUAUAUAUAAGAAGAGAGAAGAUCUCAGCAGUUAACAUCCAGUUAUUGCUAGUGCAAUGCUAUAAAUGCAGUGGACUGCCUCAAAGUUAUAUGAAUGGCCCCAAAACCCACUCUACAAAAAUCAACAAGCUGUCCCUUUGUUUGCAUAAGUAUUUGUUCAUCAUAGCACAGUCACAUAAAGCCAGUAUGUACUGUAUGGGAGAAUAGUCUUACAGUUUUCUUGCUAUCUAAGCAUUCAAAUACCAAUGGCUUGCUAAAGAAAAGAAAAAUAAUGUAAUGUCUAUUUUAUUCUCAGGUCAACAGCUCACAACCUUCUCGUGUGUUACAAAAAAGUCAUUAUUUCAUUUUGUUCCAAAACAAAUGAUAGACAUUUCUGUUUUUGUAUGACUUUUAUUGUCAGAAAGUAUUCAGAAAUGAUACUAACUCAACUAAAGUCUCUGGGCAUUCAAGGAGUAGCUGAAUCGCUGGUUUUAAACCUUAUUUUAUUUUAGUAUUUUUUUAAACAGUUGAGCUAACAAUCCCAUUUUACCCAGACACGAAGAGAAUUGCAGACUUGGUGGGGGGGGGGGGGAGAUUUUUUUUAGGAAAAAAACGUUCUGUAUUUAUGAUAGAUAUAUACAUUUUUGGUGUUAAGUAGAUUGUUGCAUUGGAAAUGAAUUUAAAACUGUAUGGUAGAUUGAAAAAUCUUUGUGUACAUUUAGCUUUUGUAUCUUCCAACUUUGAGGCGCUUCAGUUGAUGUUGUCUUGGUCAUUCCAAUAGACUAGAUUGAGCAGGAAACUCUAUUUCUGUCAAAUUCUCAGCUUUUUGUUUUUUGUUCUCCCGGAUGAAUCUCUGUCACCAGGGGGUUUUCAACUUUGGUUGGUGCAGCACUGACCAAAAGCGAAGAAAUAUCUGGGAUGUGUUGAAAAUUCAGUCAUAUUUGUGUUACCUUAGUGCACUUACCACUGUCUGACUUUCUCUAUCUCUGUCUUUAUCUGUUCCUCCCUUCUUCCUUUUUUAUGUACCCCCUGCCUUUGUAGAUUUGGAGAUAACUCCUUUAGCUCUACAAAACAGGUACUUGUUUUCAUGUCGUGUGGCUGCAGUCUGCUAUAGGCUUUAUGUUUAUUUCAAUUAUGUUGUCAUAUAUAAUGAAAAAAGAAUAAUAAUAAUAAUUCUCACGCUUUAAAACGAAAAGAAAUCCAAAGACUUAACACUUUCACCAUUGGUGCAUAAAAAUAAGAAAAGAGGCUUCUUUAUACUUGAGAAUUUGUUGCUGUUUUUAAGGAAAGAAAACAAAGUUUUAAAAUAAAAGAAGUACGCAUCAGAGUUGCCGUUUUUGCUUCUUUGUGAACAGACAAGUGGCUUUUUUACGUCAAAUACUAAGAAAACCAAAAAUCAAAAAGGGCCCUUGUCCUUGCGUUGUGGAGUAGCACCGUUACAGAGCCAUUGCAGUUUGUAAGAUAGAGGUUUUGUUGAAGUUUUCUGUCACACAUUAAAUCAAGGUUUUUUUUGUUUGUUGUUAUUUGGUAAAAAAUAAUGUAUAAGGUCUGGUCUUUGAGAACAUACAGUGUUUUGCUGCUAAUGUAGAUUUGGAAAGGAAGAAUACCUAAAUACAUGCUCCUUUUGCUUUUUGGCUAAGCUUUAACAAAACAAAAAAGAAACCAUUUCCCUGCCCCCUGCAACAUCUUUUUUUCCCUUCUUGUUGCAAAAACGGAACUUUGAAGACUGUGAAUAUAUGUUCCAAAGGACUUUUUUUUUUUUUUUAACAGACCAAUGUUAAAAGCCAAUGAUAUAUAAUGUUUGUAAAAAUUACAGUGCAUUCCAAAUACUACACCUGAGUUUUAAUUUCUUAACCAAGGACUGCUUAUUUUUUAUUCAAUUUGGGUAUAAUUCUAUUUUAGCCCAUUUCUAAGGGGAUUUUAGGCUGUUGUGUAUCACUUCUUGAUUCCCUCACUCUGAUUAUGUUGUGUUAAGAGUGAAUAGAGUCCCAAUGACUUUACUCAUUUGAACUAAAUCACCGAGUCAUAGUGGUUACCAAAAAUGUACAUACUGUGACACAUCUGGUACUUGCACAUCUCACUGGUCUGGUCUCAGAAUGAAAGGCUGUUUGGCAAAGACUGGUGAGGCAGCCUCCCUUCCGGGAAAUUCAAGUAGGGAAUUCAUGUUCUGUAGGGUGUAAAGCCAUGUUCAUGCAUUGUCUGUUGCAGGUUUGUUAGGGGCAUCUUCAUUCCAAAGCAUUGUGAGACUGGGGAAAAAAAGCAGGACAUGUUUUAAUAACCCUUGUUUUACAUGGUGAUAAGGUAGAGUUCUUCCUUUGUGUCCAAAGAUGUCCCUCACUAAUCAUUAUUGCAAUGGGAAUGAUUCUGUUUUUAUCUAAACAGCCUUCCCCCAUCAUAAACGGAGUUGCUUUUAAUGACCUUUUCCAAACCAAGUAAUUUUAAAUUAGUAAAAGAUGCUUUGGGGGGCAAAAACAUAUAGCAAGUUUAUAUGGCUUUAGUAACAUUUCCACAUGUUUCAUAAUGUGUAAAAUUGUUACGUCUUGCAGAACAAUUUGAAUUUGGUGUGCAUGCUAUUGAAAUUGGGUUCAUUUGAUCUGCAAGCUUGCCACUCCUCUCAAUCCAUGUUAUCUAUAAUAUUGUUCAUAAUUAUUUUGGGAGAAUUCUGAUAUUGUAUAGUUUAUUUUUGAAUGCCUUGCAUUGUUUUGGUCUCAAAUAAUAUCUUUAUGGUUAUUUUCAUAUAACUUUUUUUUGUCGUUGUCCAUUUAUAAAUUAAUGUUUCAAUGCCAGCUUUAAAUUUAAAUCUCACCUAUUUGUUUUCUAUCAUUCUCUGGCCACUUUAUGGUGUUACAUUGAUCUUAUAUUUGUUUGUCACGACACAGUUGUAUCUCUUGCUUCCAAAGUGUUCUCUUUUUUUUAAUAGGCUCUCAUGUGGGGCAGAAUUCCUCACAAUUGUUUCAGCCAGCAUGGACUUUGGAUGUGUGUGUGUGUAUGCGUGUGUGUUUGUUUCAUAAGAGCCAGCAUCAGUCUGAGUUUUUAUACGUUGUAUUCUAUUUUCUACUUUUAUUUCGCACCAAAACAUACUGAGCUGCACAGCUGAAUCUUCAGAAAAGUUGUGUAAAGAUUUAGAAAAAUCUGAUAUUCAACACAAUAAUUACAUUAUGUGGUGAAAGAAGAUACCGAAGCACUGAACAGUUAUUACUUUAAUUAUAUGAAUGUGGCCAAAGCUUCAUGCUGUUCAGUUGGUGCCCCUGAUGAGUGUAUAUUUAUUGUGGUUAAACCAACAUGUGGCUGAGAUACAUCAACUCUCAUUGGGAUACUUGAUUUUUGUGGACAUUUUGCAAAGAGAGAAAGACAAGGUUUUGCUGUAGAGGUCAUCAUUUUGCCCACUGUGAAAAUAAACAUGUAUACAGAUAUAGAUAUAUUUAAAGACAUCAUCAACACUUUUCUUUGAAAUGACAAAGAAGGAAAUAAAGAGAAACGAACUCUGGGAAACCUGAGAGAUGUCAUUGUGAUGUCUGUCGGAGAAGGCUGUUGGCACACCAAAACUGGGCAUGGGAGCCAAAGGCAGGGUACACACUGCCCUGAUAUCAAGUCAUUAUUUAACUAACACUAUAUGCCAAUGGGAGUGGACAUAUGUGACACGGAGAGGAAUUAAUCUGCGUUCAAGCUCGACUCCGGGUGGCUUGAGCCACCUACUCUUCUCUCUCUGGAUCUGCAUCUACUUGGACAUUUUCUGCACUUACGAACGGGAUGGACUUAAACACUUGCUUACGUUGUCUCCCAGUUCUUGGUGUUGCUACCUGUUUCAUUUCCUCCUGCCCGUUUCAGUGACUGACACAUAUCGGAACCUCCGGUCAGAAAGCGAUCUGAUCCAGUCUGGCAUGGAGUCGACCAAUUCCAUCGCACCAUAAACAAUGACUGUACUGUUCAAGGGGAGGGGAUUUCUUGGGUGUCAUUCCUAAGGAAGCAGAUAAACACAAAAAAGCGAAACAACCAAAAUUAAUAACCAAACUAACAAGCAACCAAAUGAAAACCACGAGCUCAAGUUUCAAGGUUGAACUGCUACUGGAGUUUCCUGUUCCUUUAGUGGCUCCUAGUUCCACAGCAUUUUUGAUGCUUUUUUGUGUUUUGUUUUUUUUUUUGUUUUUUUUCCCUCUCUCUCUCUCUUUGGUUUUUCCUCGAGUUAUUCCUCCUCCGAGCCUCACAAGCACGGCUCUGUGGCUCCAGGUAGCCCAUCCGAGGGUAGAACUUACAGCCUUGCAAUGUAUAAAAAGAGCAAGUUAAACCAAAAAUGUUGUUCUUGAUGUCUUUUCUAUACUGUAGUCUUGUUAGCUUUUUGUUACUGUAAUUAUAUGAUGAAGAUUUCCAAACUGUACCAAAUGACAUGGAGACUAACAUACAUAAACCACAUGGAACUUCAGACUUUUAAAGAGAAACUUUUGUCACAAAAACCUUGUUGUCCUAGUUAAGUUGAUUGUAGAUGGUAAUUGAAUAUACUCCUUUGAAAAUAUUUCAUCAAGUAUGUUUCUUGCUCAUUGUGAUACAUUAAAAAGUAUGAGCAUAAAAUGC